UUACCAUACUUUCCUCGAUACUUUCAAGAAAUUAUUUAUAAUAUUUGAAAUUUGAUGAAAAAAGCUAUAAGUAGAGAUUCAUAUAUACGUGAAAAGGGAAGUUAGGUUGGUAUUUUGUAUCGAAUAAAAAAGGAUGAAUUUUGCAAGUAGACUGUCAAGGCAGGUGACCAGGUUGGAUAAUAUUCCUCGUGGAUUUUCAAGGGUGCAAUUGCAACAUGCAGCAAGAUACAAUUCAACUGAACCUCGCCGAAGAGGACCACCAAUGGUUACUGAUGAUGUUCCAGUAGAUACAACAAAAUAUUCUGAUGUAUUAAUCAAGCUUAAUGGUUAUGAUCCGUCUGUAUUAACUUCCUUCUAUCGAUAUGUUGACCAAGCAGCUAGGAAUAUGAAAUUUGAUGUAACCAAGAAGUUCAAUUUAGCUACUGAGGCAUUUAACGUAACCUUAGCUAACCCACCACAUUUCUUUCGUGAAAAAAACAUGCAAUACAAUUUCAAAAAUCAUGGAAGAAUGAUUCAGAUUGUAUCCAUUCCAUCAGAAAUGGCUGACAUAUUCAUUCAAUGUCUUCAAAAGAACAUCCCUCCUGGUGUUUCUGUACAAUUUGAGUUGAAAAAGUGGCAAGAUUUUGUUUCACCACCAAGUCAAAGAUCCGGUGAGAUUGUUGACUAGAAGAGCGUCCAAUGGGGUUGAGUACAAUCAAGUCUGACAAGUCAUGUAUAAGCAUGCUAGGAUUUGAAGUUGGAUUUGGUCUGUGCCAACAAAAA